AUGGCUUCCUUUCUCCCUGUCAACAACUCGGCCUCUGAAGACCACGCUAUGGACGGAGCAGCUACACCUCGUGCGGUCCCAAAUGGUGUGUCGGCCGACGUUUCUUCGACGGAGCAGUUUCCGGACGGAGUUUCACACCACAGCCGUGGUAGCGACGCUUCAUCCCGCACAACCUUAACUCACGUUCGAACCCCAUCAACGUCUGACGAACAAAUGCACGAUUCCGAGGGAGAACACGACGAUUCCGAUCAUGAUCAAAAUGUCGGGGGUAACGCACCACCCUCAAAAAAGAAGAAAGGUCAACGAUUCUUCUGCACAUCUUUCCCUCCUUGCAAUCUGAGUUUCACACGGAGCGAACAUUUGGCUCGCCAUAUUCGAAAACACACCGGCGAACGUCCCUUCCAGUGCCACUGCUCUCGGCGGUUUUCCCGACUCGACAACCUCCGCCAGCAUGCUCAAACCGUCCAUGUCAAUGAGGAAAUUCCCGGAGAUUCGCUGGCGGCUACGGGCACACGGUUUCAGCGUCAGGUUCGUACAGAUCGAGUGCGCCCACCAGGCCGGGCGCGGGCAGGCACCGGAGGCAGUGUUGGUGGUCACACCCGAGGUCAUAGCAGGAAUUUGUCAACUUCGAGUAUUGCGUCCACCGCUUCGACAUUCAGUCAACCCCCGGAACUUCGUCGGCGCCCCCCGCCUUUGAUCAUGGCCAACGACCCCGCAGCUCGAUCCCGACUGGCAAUGGAUUCCACGGGAGAACCUCCGAGCACACCCCCAGCCCAGAUCCGUGGUGUUCCUGGUCCCUCGACAGCUGGAUCACCAUACACCACCAAUAUGUUUGCUGCCACCGGUGGAAGCCCCCAAUUCGCCUCGCCCAUGGCUGGCACGACACAUGGAUUCUGGGAAGGAAAGACCGCCGCCCGUCGCCUUUCCGUGCCAACGAGCAGCAACCCUUUCCUCGCACAACAUGGCAACACAUAUCCCCCGGUAUAUCACACUCCCGCCGGCGCACCUUAUCCAAACGCCGCUGGUGUAUUCGCAAGCCCCACUAGCACACAUUAUUCAGUAUCUCGUGAUGAGGCCACCUUAAGUGCGGCUGAGGCGGAGAUGCGGAGAAGGACGUGGCACCCUUCGUCACACACAGGGUUUCCACGUCCUGGGACUAGUGGACUGAACCAAUAUCAUACACCUGACAAUGUCCCGGCCUCAUUCGGCGCGAACGGUUCGACUGAGCAUCCACCCCGACUCCCUGGGAUUGAAAGUUUCGACAAAGUAGUCCAACGGCCGAUGACCCCUCCCACUCGGAAAACCAGCCCAAUGCAGCUUGAUGGUCACCGUCCGCCCAACUCAAGCUUUGGAUCCGGGUUCAAUUACACACAGCCAGCCCACCGUCCACCACCUCCCAUCUCCGGCCCUGGUCACCGACGAGGCCAUGUAUCCUGGGAUAUGUCUUUGCACCAUAACCUUACCGGGCUGGAUAUCCGAGACCGACGUCCAUCCACUGCAUCCGCUUCUCAAUGGAGUCAACAAACACUUGCGGAACUCCAAAGUGUCUCUUCCCGGCCAUCCUCAUCUUACCAGCCGGCGUUCGGCCCAACAGCCGAAAGAAGCCCCGAAGAGUAUCGGGGACAUCGCCCAAGCCUUUCAACAGGGAGCCGCACGCGGACUUCUCCCGAGGAUUCCAGUAGCAGCGAGGGUGUCCAUACCCCAUCUACCGCAUCGCUUGAUUACCAUCCCGCGAUUGUGCACAGUAGCGGAUAUAUCGAAUCUAAUGACUCCUCGCUGCCUUCCGAUCAUCCUCCACCGAUUUGUGGCCGUCAAUCCUCCCACGCGGACAGCUACGAAACCCACAACGACCGAGAGCCCAGAUCGGACGUCUUCUCAGAUUCCCCUGCCCGGAAUUCAGGCAUGGGUCGUCUGGAGGCUCUUGUCGCCGUCGCUACGAGCGAGAACAAAGGAGCAACCAAGCUAUUUCUGUAA